AAGUCCUCCAGGUUACAUAGAUGGCCCAGCACUUGCUAGUUGUUGGGGGCAAUGGCUUCUUGGGAUCGAAUGUGUGCAGGGGGGCGGUCGCAAAAGGGUGGAAAGUUACCAGCAUCAGCAAAUCUGGAAACCCAUACCUGACACCAUCGGGACAUUCACCCGCCUGGACCAAUCAAGUCAGCUGGAAUGCCGCAUCGGCGAACGAACCAAAGACAUACGCACACCUGCUUCCCGGUGUAACGUCCGUAGUACAGACAGUGGGAAUCCUUCUGGAGGGCAACUAUAAGGGCGGCAUUGGUGGUGCCUUGUCUGCUCUGGUCAAUGCUCAUAGCCCCAAUCCUUUGAGCAAAGGCACUCCGGGAUCGUAUGAGGACGUAAACCGCGAUGCAGCCAUUUCCGUGCUUGACGCCCUUUUGGAAGUACCAUCAGACGUCCGAAGGACCUUCGCCUACGUGUCUGCUGCGGACAUCUUUCGUCCCUUGAUCCCCGAGCGAUACAUCACCACCAAGCGCGAGGCUGAACGUCUUAUUCAAUCGCGAGCGGACCAGGAGGACGCCCAUCUUCGCCCUCUCUACUUCCGGCCGGGCUUCAUGUUCCACCCGCAUACGAGACCACUGUCAACACCUGUCGCAUCGGUUCUUGAUCUUGCCUCGUCAAUCUCAGCAUGCGCGCCGAAUUUCCUACCUUCACCAGCUGGCUUCCUUCGGACGCUUUCCUUGGGCCAAGCAAAAGAACUAUCACCGGCUAGCCAUUCCAUGGCAAAUUCGUUGGAGACGAGGCCCAUGCAUGUUGAGAGUGUCGCUCGCGCUAUUUGCGCGGCCAUCGAACUGGAUACUGUUGACGGUGUGAUCGAUGUUGACGAAAUGCGCGAGCUAAUUGGAUGGGACAAGAGCAGGAAGGAUUCACCAGAAGCACCCGCACCCGAAAGCCCAUUAACGAACAAUGUAUAGUAUGAGCUGAUCUACUACUCCACUCAUGUAAUGUGCUAUUAGUACAAUAAUACUUUAU